AUUAUACUAUUCUGUAGAACUGGUCUCACGGUAUUUAAAUUUAGAUUGUGGAAACAUUACUUCUAUGUUUCCACGGUGAUAAGAAAAUAAAAACAAUUGAAGAAACAUAUUUUUUAAAAUGCGAAAACAGUCUUCUGUUGAGACAUUGUCGACAAACGAUUUUAAGAACAAUUCUUUCAACUGGCUGUUAUACGCGCGGUAUGUUCGGGGCGAGAACACUUUGUGCCUGGAGCUGGUGGACCGUCUGCAGCAGGAUGCAGAUAACAAACACAGAUACGCACAUUAUAUUAAGGGUGCGAUGUUAGCCGACGCGGGAAGGUUACAGGAGGCGGUGGAAAAGUAUCACAGCUGUAUCAGAUUGCAGCCCCGAGAUCCGGAUCCUUUAAAACAGGUUGCGAAAUGUUUGUAUAAACAAGGCAGAACGCAAUUAGCGCUCGAAGCUUAUUUGGAGGCUGAAAAAAUAUCGAAACAUCCGGAUCCCGACGUUUACUGUGGAUUGGCGUCAUGUGCGGCGUCCAUCAGCGACCCUCGCGACGUGUCGUGGGCCCGCGCGGCCCUGUCCGCGGGCGGAGGAGAGCGAGCCGCCUCGCUGUUGGCCGCGCGACUGUUGGCUCGCGGAGACACAAAGGACGCACUCGCGGUCUACGAACACGCUGUCAGUGAGUACUCGUGCGGGGCAGACACGUUGUCUGCGGCGGGAGCGUUGUGCCUGCGGACGGGACUUCCCCGCCGGGCGUUCCAGUUACUAGGCGAGGCGCUGUCUCAGCAGCCGACCCAGCACGCCGCGGCACUGGCGCUGGCCGCCAUGCUGCUGCAGCACCGUGACGAGGACGCCGCCCUCGCCAGGCUCAAGGCCGCCCUCACCGCGCACCCGGAUUGUGUCGCCGCACACUCCGACCUCGGCCUGGCUCUGUUCUCCAAGAAGAAGUUCAUAGCGGCUCUGUGGUGUUGUCUCCGCGCGUCGUGGGCCGCGCCCCUGAGCGCGGCGGCGGCUCACAACGCAGGCCUGGUGUUGCUCGCGAGCCGCCGCCCAGCCUCCGCCUUCUGCCGCCUCGCCUCCGCCGCCGCCCUAAAUCCUCGAGACGCUUACACUGUUCUACUGAUAGCGUUGUCACUGGAGCGUGUGGGAGACGGUCGCGCGGACGCCGCGUUCGAUCGCGCGUGUGAACUGGCCCCGCAUGACGCGCUCGUGAGGAUCAACUGCGGCGGGCGACACGCGCGUGUGGGACGACUGGAACACGCCGCUAGAGAGGCUGGCGUCGUAGCAAGGUUGCUAGAAGACCAACCGGAUGCUCAUUUGGCGAGCUCAUUGGCCACAUUGAUGGCAUUACUUACUGAAGCAGGAAUUACUAUACAAGUGACGGAACCUGAUGAGACAUACACGGCCAGAGAGGAACUGGCUUCAGACGAAGUUUAAAGGAGACGAUGGAAAAAUUAAUUUAUUAUUAAUAUUUAUUAAUAAAUUAUGUACAUGA